ACUUAAUUUGCGCUUCACCCGCACUUCCGGUUUCCGGUCGGCUCCCGCCCCGCUCCGCCAUCAUGAAGUCCUGAACAAAAAGCGAACGAGGGAGGAAAAGAAAAACAGGGAUGGAGCUGUCGACGACAGAAAGAGACGAACCUCGCGCCUGACUCCGACGGCAUGAGCAGAAAUGAAGCGCACACUCGCGGCGGAAGCGGAAAACCGGACCGUGGUUUAAAGAGCUCGCUGACAGUCAGCUGAUCGAGUCCGUUAACGGAUCGCGGCGGUAUUACACAGUGACACACACACACACACACACAUAUGAACGGACAGACAGAGGCUCGUUAGAAGUCUAUGGCUCGCGGUUUGAGUCGGUCGUGUUUGUGAAGCGAGGCGGGAAGGAUUGGCGGGAUUUUCCUCAGCAGGCCGGUGCUAGCCGUCUCGAGCUAGCCGCACUGGAUCCCGCACACCACGGUGUUGGCCAUGCCGUCGAGUGCGCGGGCUGGGAGUCUGAAGGACCCAGAGGUGGCGGAGCUCUUCUACAAGGAGGAUCCUGAGAAGCUCUUCACAGACCUGCGGGAGAUCGGCCAUGGCAGCUUCGGAGCCGUCUACUUCGCCCAUGACAUCCGCACCAAUGAGGUGGUGGCCAUCAAGAAGAUGUCCUACAGUGGCAAGCAGUCUAAUGAGAAAUGGCAGGAUAUCAUCAAAGAGGUGAAGUUCCUCCAGAAGCUGCGUCACCCGAACACGGUGGAGUACAGAGGCUGUUACCUGCGAGAACACACAGCAUGGCUGGUGAUGGAGUACUGUUUGGGCUCGGCCUCCGAUCUCCUGGAAGUGCACAAGAAACCAUUACAGGAAGUGGAGAUUGCAGCGAUUACCCACGGUGCAUUGCAGGGCUUGGUGUACCUCCACUCGCACAACAUGAUUCACAGGGACGUGAAAGCAGGGAACAUCUUACUGACGGAGCCUGGCCAGGUCAAGCUGGGAGACUUCGGCUCUGCCUCCAUCGUGGCUCCCGCCAACUCCUUUGUGGGCACACCUUACUGGAUGGCUCCAGAGGUCAUCCUCGCCAUGGAUGAAGGCCAGUAUGACGGGAAGGUAGACGUGUGGUCACUCGGCAUCACCUGCAUAGAGCUUGCGGAGAGGAAGCCUCCCUUGUUUAAUAUGAAUGCUAUGAGUGCCUUAUACCACAUCGCCCAGAACGAGAGCCCGGUCCUGCAGUCCAAUCACUGGUCAGAUUAUUUCCGUAACUUUGUAGACUCUUGUCUGCAGAAGAUUGCCCAGGACAGACCUACCUCUGAUGUGCUGCUUAAACAUCACUUCCUGUGCCGCGAGCGUCCGGUGACGGUGGUGAUGGAUCUGAUCGCUCGCACUAAAGACGCCGUGAGGGAGCUGGAUAACCUACAGUACCGGAAGAUGAAGAAGAUCCUCUUCCAGGAGACGCACAAUGGCCCCGCCACCGAGGGCACGGAGGAGGAAGAGGAUGUGGAGCAGUACAUGCUGAGGACAGGCACGGUGAACAGCAUGGAGAGCUCCCACUCGCUGCCGUCCAUGUCCAUCAGCGCCAGCUCCCAGAGCUCCUCGGUCAACAGCCUGGCGGACGGCUCGGACGACAGCGGAGAGAUGGCCAUGAUGCAGGAGGGCGAGCAUACGGUGACCUCCAACAGCUCGGUGCUGCACAAACCUCUGAACCACGAUAACAUCUACGACGACCCGUACCAGCCGGAGGUAGACCCCCAGCAGCAGGGGCCCUCUGGGGGCCGUCGGCGCAGGGGCCGGGAUCACUUCGCCACCAUCCGCACGGCCUCGCUGGUGACCCGACAGAUCCAGGAGCAUGAGCAGGGCUCGGCGCUCAGAGAGCAGAUGUCAAGGUACAAGCGCAUGAGGAGACAGCACCAGAAGCAGCUGAUGGCUCUGGAGAACAAGCUGAAGGCUGAGAUGGACGAGCACCAGCUGAGACUGGACAAAGAACUGGAGACACAGAGGAACAACUUCAGCAGUGAAGCAGACAAACUCAGCAAGAAGCACCAGGCCAUACUGGAGAAGGAGGCUAAGGCCGCUCUCACGGAGGAGAAGAAGUUCCAGCAGCACAUCUUGGGUCAGCAGAAGAAGGAGCUCAGCAGCCUGCUGGAGUCUCAGAAGAGGCAGUACAGACAGCGCAAGGAGCAGCUCAAAGAGGAGCUGAGCGAGAACCAGUCCACGCCGAAGCGGGAGAAGCAGGAGUGGCUGGUGCAGCAGAAGGAGUGUCUCCAGCAGCUGCAGGCGGAGGAGGAGGCGGGGUUACUGCGCAGACAGAGGCAGUACUACGAGCUGCAGGGCCGCCAGUACAAGAGGAAGAUGCUGCUCGCUCGACACAACCUGGAGCAAGACCUGCUCAGAGAGGACCUGAACAAGAAGCAGACCCUGAAGGACCUGGAGUGUGCCAUGCUGCUGCGGCAUCACGAGUCCACCCAGGAGCUGGAGUUCAGGCAGCUGGGUCUGGUGCAGCACACUCGGGCCGAUCUGAUCCGCACACAGCACCAGACCGAGCUCACCAACCAGAUGGAGUACAACAAGAGACGCGAGCAAGAGCUGCGGCAAAAACACGCCGUCGAAGUGCGCCAGCAGCCCAAGAGCCUGAGAGUGAGUGCCUGUCAGGGGGAGGAGCCUAGCGAAGAAGGGGAGGGGUCCAUUAGAGAAGGGGAGGGGCUUAUAACUGAGUGGGUGGGGCCUGAGGAAGAGCUGAGUAGAGAUGGAGAAAAGAUAGACGGGGAUGAGAUGCAGCUUGAGGAGACAGCUGUAGAAACAGUAGGGACUUUUAUUGAGCAGAGUGAAGCGGUAGAACGAGAAGAAGAAAGUGUGCAGGAGCAGUUAGAUGAACCUCAGCAGAUUGAUCCCAGACGAGUAGAAGGCCGUCCUUGGGACGCCGGCAGCGAAUCGGAGUGUGAGGAAGAGGACAGGGGCGUGGCCGAUGGGUGUCCAUCAGAGCUGAUGCCCGCCUCUUCCUUUGAGCGCCGCCCCCUGGAGCGAGACGCAGACGAGCUCUCGGAGUUCUACUUCCCAGAUACUCUGGAGGAGCUGGAGCCUCCUCCGGUCUACACGCCUCCCUCCCCUUCCUCGUCUCAGCCGUCUCUUCCCUCGCUCUUUUCUCACGCGAUCUGCCUGGCUCUUUCUCUGUCCGCCGCCGUGCAGCCGUCGCUCCUCACCCUCCUCUUCCUCUCGGUCUUCCUGCUGUCCCUGCGCCGCUCUCCUCCGCUGCCUUCGCUCUCCUCCCUGCUUCUUUCGGCUGAGCUGUUCUUCCUGGCGCUCUUCUUCUCUUACCUGUUCCUGCGCUCCUGCUGCUCGCUGUCCUUCUCCACCUUCCUGUCUCUGGCCUGCUGGGGCUCCGGACUCUUCAGUCUGGGCUUGUCUUUGAGCCUGGGGCUCUAUUACGUCCCGGUGGCCCUGAUCUCGGCCUCUUUCCUCAGCUCGCCCUCGCUCUUCCUCACCCUGUAUCUGGCGGUGGUUCUGGUUCUGCGUCCGGCCAGGGUGUUCCUCCAGAGCGCCCCGCGCAAGCUCAACCGCCUCUGGAUGCGUGUUCUGUUCCGUCUGCCCAGGCCGGUGUUCGCCGUGUGCCAGUCGCUCCUCGGCGGUCUGACCGAGCGAAGCCUUUACGACAUGUUCCCUAAAGCCGGACGCAACUGGGCCGGGCGGCAGUCCAGAAUCCCCGUGCCUCUGAGGAGCCUCGGAGCCGAGUAUCAGGCCAAAAGCCGGUCCUCGGUGUUGUUUGCGCGGUGCGUUCUCUUGGGUCGUCGGUUCGUGCGCCGGCCGCUGGGCACUCUGACGGACCUGGCUAACUCCGUGGUGCUGCGUCUGGCUAAGCGUCUGCUGAAGGAGCUGCCUUCCAGUCAGCUGAGACGGCUCCGGGCCCUCGGGAUCCUGCGCAGGGAGAGAGCCAGCAAGCUCCCGGUGCUCCUGCCCCGAGCCGCCCGCGAGCAGAGGAAGAGGAGGAUGAGGAGGAGGCGAGAGCGAGAGAGCUUGUUCAGGGAGGAGGGCCGGUGGGAGAGCGUGCUGAGGAGAACUCCGUCAGGGAGGAGUCUGAGAGGAAAGAUGGUGCCCUGGAGAUAGAUGGAGGCUCACUGAAGUGAUUUCCUGUCGUCACAGAGAGGGUUCACAGGGUUGUUGUCAUUUAUUCACUCUAACAAGACUUUGGUCAGUCUUCAAAGCCACAAAUAAGACGUUUUUCAUAAAUCCUCACACAUUUUGGCUUCGUUGUUUAAAAUAUAGUUGUAAACUUCCAACAAGGCAAACAAAUCCAUAUGAAUUGAAAUUAAUCACCUCCAAAAUAAGUUGUUGUUCACAUGUGUGUGUGUGUGUGUGUGUGUGUGUGUGUGUGUUUAUAUUAGUUUAUAAAAAAUAUAAACACAUACAUGUAUUUGUUUAUAUAUUAAAUCUAUAAUAUAAAAUGUUUGAAUAUAAAUAUAUAAAUGUGUAAACAAAUAUUUAAUUUAUAUAUAUAUAUAUAUAUAUAUAUAUGUACACACAAACUUAUUUUGGAUGUAAUCGUUUGACAGCAAUAAUAUGAAUCAAGUGUUUGAAGAGAUUCAGCUGCUUUAAAGGAUGAACACAUUUAAUUUAAUAUUUCAUUCACACACAAACAUUGAGCUCCUGCAUAUUUAACACGCUGUGAGUCUUCAGUCAGCUCAGUUCAUAUGGAUUCGUUUCAUGAUGUCUUUAUAAACACUUUGGAUCCAAGUAGUUUUUUCAGCGGAGGGACAGAAAUCUUUCAGGUUUCCUUUUUUUUUUUUAAUGUCCAGUUGUGUUUGAAUAUGAACCAAAGUCUUAUUGGCUUGAAUAAAUGAUGAUAAUUAUCUUUAGUUUUAGGUGAAGUGUUCCUUUUAAGAUUAUUGCUCCGUUUUAUUUCGCUCCUUCAUUCACCAAGAGGAAAGCUUCAGUCGGUUAUUGUGCUUUUUGUAAAAGUUUUUUUUUUUAUUCUCAAAUGGCAAGAGCUGUAUGUUUUAUGGUGAUUGUUGAAGCCAUGUCUGUGCAAUCUUCAUUUAGUUUUUAUUUUAUUUACAUAACAGUGAUAUUAUAUUGAGAAACCAAAACCUUUCAAUGAAGCCAUGCAUGUUAAAUGCUGAAUUAAUUGACUGUGAAAGUGGAUCAUAAUACAGUGCUUUACACUAUAGAUCUCCCAAAAACACAACACUACAAGCCGAAUCUUCCAGAAGUGCAUUAGUCGACGCGCCAAAGCUUUCCUGCGUGUCGAGAAAAGUUUGUAUUGAAACAGAAACAGAAACCAGGCUGCAUCUUGUUGCACGUUCAGUGUUUGAUUUCAUUUGAGAAGCAGCUGAAACGGUUCGGUCCUCUCACUGGAUGAUUUAGAGGCAGGACCUCAGAAAUGACAAUCAAACACUUGAAAUAUUUAGUGAAAGAGAAUCUGUCCUUGCCAAAGUGAACCCCAGCCCUUAUAUAUAUAUAUAUAUAUAUAUCACACGCUAGGAUUGAACGAUUAGUUCUCUAUGCCACGUGAUCCGGGCCUUUCCAUCUUCAGAUGCUGUUCAGUCAGUUCUGAGCUUUAUUAAGUGUUGAUGAAUUAAAUCUCAAUCUCAUAACUUUAGGAGCCGGAUCAGUUUUACUCCACAGUAUAAGAGCAGAUGUGUUUGGAGUGGAGGAUGCAUGGAUGCUGAGUUUAGAAGAAAGGUGUGUUAUUGCACUAGAGGCAAUGAUCUGAUCAUAUUUACCAUGUAAACCAGUGUUUUGAUCAUAUCCUUAUGAAGAGAGGUCUAGCCUAGUUAGUGCUAGUUUUCAAUGUUUGCAUGGCACUGUUAUUUCAUAUUUAUUAGUAAUCUUUUACUGCAUAAUAAAGGCCAUUAUGACAAUCAUUUUAAUGUAAAGUUGGACUAGAUAUAUGCAAAUUAGCAACCAAAGAUUGUGAUGUAAGCUUGCACUGCACACAAAUCAUCUUUAUUUGAAAAGCUUGCUAGAAAUCUUAAGAUGAUCAAAGGGACCAUGUGUGUACUACAUGAGAGAAGAGGAAAUGCUGUCUAUUUGAAGAAGAUUCAAAUUUUAGCCAUAUUUGUUCUAGUUAUUGGCAAUUUAAAGUUUAUUUCCUUUUUUUUGUCUUGUUAAUGUUUACAUAUGCUGUGCUCCCUUUUUUUUUUUUUUUUUUUUUUUUUUUUAACCAAAUCAUACAUUUUGUCUUAAUUAUUAUUUGAGGAAUGUUUGUUGUUGCACCGUCUGUUUCAAGGCCGUUGUGUGCGUCUCAUCCUUGUUUUGUGUUUGUGCAUGAAUGGAUGUUUACUUUAAGUUCAAAUGAUUUCUGUUAUUAAUAAAUACAUUUUCUUUAUUAUAA